UGGCCGCCGGCGGGAGGGGCGCAGGGUGAAGAAACCAAAUCUCGGGCCAAGCCACUUGCCUUGGGUCACCUAGCCAAAGGAGGCAGAGCCAGAACUUACACCCAGAUCCAGAGAGGACAGGAAAAUGGCCACCUGGGAUGAAAAGGCCAGCUCCCGCAGGGCCAAAGUGGCUCCAGCCAAGAGGAUGAGCAAGUUCUUGAAGCACUUCACUGUCGUUGGGGACGAUUACCAUGCCUGGAACAUCAACUACAAGAAAUGGGAGAACGAGGAAGACGAUGAGGAGGAGGAGCAGACGUCACCAGCACCUGCAUCCAGCGAGGAGGGCAGAGCCCCCGACCCAACGGCGGCCCCCAGCCCCGUGCCCCGGCCCCCCCUCGACUUCAGGGCCACACUGAGGAAGCUCUUCAGCUCCCACAGGUUUCAGGUUAUCAUCAUUUGCCUGGUCAUUCUGGAUGCCCUCCUGGUGCUCGCCGAGCUCAUUCUGGACCUGAAGAUCAUCGAGCUUGACAAGAAUGACUAUGCCGCCAAGGUGUUCCACUACAUGAGCUUUGCCAUCCUGACCUUUUUUAUGAUGGAGAUCUUUUUUAAAUUAUUUGUCUUCCGCAUGGAGUUCUUUCACCACAAGUUUGAAAUCCUGGAUGCCAUUGUGGUGGUGGUUUCCUUCAUCCUCGACUUCGUCCUCCUGUUCCAGAAGCACCAGUUUGAGGCUCUCGGCCUGCUGAUUCUGCUCCGGCUGUGGCGGGUGGCCCGGAUCAUCAAUGGAAUAAUUAUCUCAGUUAAGACACGUUCAGAACGGCAACUGCUGAGGCUAAAACAGAUGAAUAUACAGUUGGCCGCCAAGAUCCAACACCUUGAAUUCAGCUGCUCUGAGAAGGAACGAGAAAUUGAAAGGCUGAACAAGCUAUUGAGACAGCAUGGACUUCUUGCUGAGGUCAACUAGACACGUGCCUGCUCCAUCCCGAAGAGAAGACCCUUGCCUCUCGGGCUUGUGCCGCUGACGAGAAAGACAGCUGCCCCUCUUGGGGCCGUUUCGGGGAGAGGUUUGGUUUGAUGCCUUUGCCUCGCCCCCACCCAGCUCAGAUUCUGGGGGGCUGAGGAGGAAAGUCUGUGGGAAAGCUCGCUCUUUCUUGGCAUGACCAAGAGCUUCCCAUCCCAUUCUCACCCCCUUUCACAAUGUAUCACAAACUAUAUUUUCUCAUGUUAAACAAUUGACUCUUGUUUAAAAUGAAGGACAAAGCUGGACAACUUGUAUAUAAAAUUUAAUCUCCUCAAAUGUACUUUUCACAUUUCGCAUGUAUGAGGAACCAGUGCAUCAUUUCAUAUGAGCAUUCUGAAAGACAAAAGAAAAAAAGGAAGCUACCUUAGCUACUAGCCCAUUCUAGAAAAGUCUUAUCUUCUUAAGCUGGUCUCAACAGCUCCUCUUCGAGCAGAUUCCCCCAGAGAGGUUGUUCUCAGGUACCCAGCCCCCUCCUCUGCAGCCUCCAGCUUCUAACUGGCUCUACCUUGUUCUGCCACCUGACAAUGUUUUUCUCAAUUACUGUACAAUUAACGUAUAAGAGAAACUCCUCCCCUCGGGCCCUCCUACUCUAUUCUUUCCAGCAUCAACUGCUUGGAACCACUCUGUAGCAUCCCAUACAAACCACGAGAUGGAAAGCUCCAGUGCCUGCCACAGAAACAGCAAUUAGACCCAAGACUCCAUGUAAUGAAGAUGACACUGGGGGAAGAUCCCCUCAUGAGGCCGAGUACUCUACU